AUACCAGGAAGAUAAAACAAACCCACGUAUGGUUCUAGGAAUUUCCCUCCACCAAAAAUCCUUCAACUCUCUCUCUCUCUCUUUCUCUCUCUCUCUCUCUCAGAAUUGAAGAUGGCGAGUGGUCUCUCACACCACCUGUUCUGUAUCCAGUCCCUGCAUCAUCAAUUCCGGUGGUCCUACUACUCGACCACUCCCCCAUGUAAAGCUUCAAUUCUACUACCAAACCCUAACCUUUCACUUCGUCUUCGUACCAAAUCAGCACCUCGCGAAAGCCCCAGCACCUCAAUUGAACGCUCGGCCCAGGAACCCGAAACCCCAAUCUCCAGUAACCGGGUCAAGAGCCCGGACCCGAGCCCGGGUUCUAAUUCAUCGUUGGAUUCAAUUUCUCUUCUUCUUCGCCCAUUAAGGGAUGGGCUUAAGGUUGAUCAACUUGGAUUGGAGAUUUUGUCUAUAGCAUUGCCAGUUGCAUUGGCUCUUGCUGCUGACCCACUCACUUCACUGGUGGAUACCGCAUUUGUUGGCCGUUUGGGAUCAGUUGAAUUGGCAGCCGUAGGGGUAUCAGCUUCAGUUUUCAAUCUGGUUUCGAAAUUGUUUAAUGUUCCUUUGCUCAACAUUACCACGUCCUUCGUUGCUGAAGAGCAAGCAUUGGUUCCCAAGAGUCGUGAUGAAUCUCAUCAAAUUGACCAAGAUCACGUGACUGACCACAAAAGCAAGAAAAUCCUUCCUUCCGUGUCGACUUCUUUAGCACUAGCUGCUGGCAUUGGUGUUGCAGAAGCUCUAGCACUUUUUGUUGGCUCCGGGUUCUUGAUGAAUACCAUGGGUAUACCUGCUGAUUCACCAAUGCGUGUACCAGCUGAGGAAUUUCUUUCCCUGAGAGCCUUUGGUGCUCCACCAAUCGUAAUUGCACUUGCUGCACAAGGCACUUUUCGGGGAUUUAAGGACACGAAGACACCUCUGUUUGCUGUCGCUGCUGGAAAUUUAUUAAAUGCAAUACUAGAUCCAAUUCUCAUUUUUAUCUUUGGUCUUGGCAUUGGUGGUGCUGCAAUUGCUACUGUGAUUUCUGAAUAUUUGAUUGCUGUUAUCCUUCUGUGGAAGUUGAAUAGCAAAGUGUUACUUGUUUCUCCAAAGAUUGAUGGGGGAAGAGUUUUUCGAUACCUAAAAUCUGGUGGGCUUCUAAUUACCAGAAGCUUAGCAGUGCUUGUUACCAUGACACUAGCUACAUCAAUGGCAGCAAGAGAGGGACCCAUAGCUAUGGCUGGUCAUCAAAUCUGCUUACAAGUUUGGUUGGCAGUAUCUUUACUUACCGAUGCUUUAGCACUAGCGGGACAGGCUCUUCUUGCUGGUGAUUACUCCCAAGGGGAUUACGGUAAGGCACGCCAAGUGGUGAAUAGAAUAAUACAGAUUGGUUUAAUAACAGGAGUUUCAUUAGCUGUCACUUUGUUUCUUGGGUUUGGAGCUCUCUCUAACUUAUUUAGCAAUGAUUCAGAAGUUCUGGGAAUCGCGCUGUCUGGUAUCUUGUUUGUUGCUGGAUCUCAGCCAAUUAACGCUCUUGCAUUUGUUCUUGAUGGGCUUUACUAUGGAGUCUCCGACUUUGGAUAUGCAGCUUACUCCAUGGUGCUGGUUGGAAUGAUCUCUUCGGUGUUCCUAGUUAUUGCUGCUCCUCUGUAUGGUCUUGCUGGAGUCUGGACAGGGCUCUUUCUGUUUAUGACUUUGCGUGUAGCAGCUGGAAUAUGGAGGUUGGGCACAAAAGCAGGACCUUGGAAAUUUCUUUGGUCUGAGAUGGAGCAGGAAAAUACUUGAGUGACAUGAAUCGAAGCGAGAAGUUGGUAUUGGGAGGUAAUUUCCACAAAGUAGAUACUUCCUUGGAGCAACUGGCUUUCACAGAUUUCAGCAAGCCAAAAAUGGGUUACUUAGACAGUAACUUGGAAAACAAAUUAACAUCAUGAGGUAAUGGUUCAGAGGUUACUUCCCUGACUUCCACACUUACAAGAACUACAUAUGUCGUAAACUUCGUUGGAGUUCUAUGUAAAACCAAGUACAAGAUUCUAACGCCAUGGUCCAAAAAAGAUUCCCUUUGAAGAGAAGUGUUUAUUAAGCUCAAGAUCGAAGUAAUUUCCCUUGGCAAGGGUUGCUCGAUACCGUCAUCAAUGAUACCACGUAAAGCUGAUUAUGAUGAUGAUUCGAAGUCUUGUUCACCAUCUGAUAAACGAUGACUUCAGCUUAAACAAUUCUAUGACGAGUUGAUGUAUAAGAUCUCGAAUAUUUGCAUAAAUAAUGGCAUGAAGAAACCCAUGGAGGAGUGAAGCAAUAUCUAAUGCAGUCCUUUUGGAGCUGGUUCUUGGAUUACA